AUGGACGCUGCUCGACCUGGUUUCUGGCCGAAAAGUCCCCAGGGCAGUUUCACAACACAGAGUCCCAAGGACAGCGCCACAACACAGAGUCCCCAGGACAGUGCCACAACACAGAGCCCCCAGGACAGUUUCACAACACUGAGUCCCAAGGACAGCGCCACAACACAGAGUCCCCAGGACAUUGCCACAACACAGAGCCCCCAGAACAAUGCCACAACACAGGGUCCCAAGGAGAGUGCCACAACACAGAGCCCCAAGGACAGUGUCACAACACAGAGUCCCCAAGUAAAGUGCCACAACACAGAGCCAAGAGGACAGUUUCACCACACAGAGUCCCAAGGACAGCGCCACAACACAGAGUCCCCAGGACAGUGCCACAACACAGAGCCCCCAGGACAGUGUCACAACACCGAGUCCCAAGGACAGUUUCACAUCACAGAGUCCCAAGGACAGCGCCACAACACAGAGUCCCCAGGACAGUGCCACAACACAGAGCCCCCAGGACAGUUUCACAACACAGAGUCCCAAGGACAGCGCCACAACACAGAGUCCAAAGGACAGCGCCACAACACAGAGCCCCAAGGACAGUGUCACAACACAGAGUCCCCAAGUAAAGUGCCACAACACAGAGUCCUCAGGACAGAUUCACAACACAGAGUCCCCAAAGUCUUCUUCCACCGCAUCAAAAUUGUAACUCAAAUUCAACAGGUAGCAGGAGGGGUUGACGAGGACAUAAAAGGCAGGGCGGAGUGA